AUGCUUCUACACAUCAUUUUGUUGGCUACUCUUUUCUGCCUCGUCUUCGUGACGGCAGCCGCGUCGUCGGCAUCAUCUGGCUUUUCGUUGGCCAAAGCAUUGGCCGAACGCAGUGGAAGACUACCCGGACGCUUUCAGCUGGAAGACUUCUUCGAGGGUGGAGAGGCACCCAUCGUCGCUAAAGGGUUAGGCGCGAGGGUGGACCUGGGAAUCGGCGUUAGCAGCGACGGCGGCUUCGACGUCUCUGUCUUCGAAAUCCCGUUGCUAUUUGCCAUUGUAAUCCGGGGGAUCGGCAGUGCCGGCCUUCUUUACGCACCUGCCCUCCACUUUGCAUGGACGCUCAAUGGCACCCUCAACUUCACCACUGGCUUUGAGAUUGCUGUCCCGGACAACUCCAACAUAUUCAUUGAUCUCACAGAGCCCAACAAUUCCAGCACAUCUGGGUUCGAUGCGACAACUGUGACGCCGGUCCCCUUCCAGGCUAGCGUGGACGUGGAUGAUGUACAGCUCUCCGUUGCGCUGCGCCAACAGGUACAGAUUAGGUUCAAUUUCAACAACGGCAUCAGUGCAAAGGUUGAUGUCUAUCUAAAUCUGCCCAAGUUCGGCGCAGGCCUCACCAAGAAGUCGGGGGUAGAUGAGAACUACGGUGCUUUGGCGAGCAGCGCAUCUGGGUACAAAGACGUGGCGCAGGAGGUGUUUAAAGAUGUUUUGAGUAUUGAGCCUAGCGUCGACUGGGGUAUAGGCAUUGAAGGCGAGGUAAGCUGGUUCGGGGCAACUAGUAAUUUCGAGCAGGAGUUUGCGAAUGUGAUAUUCUCAGAUGUAGAUAACCAGUGUUUGGUUUUCAAUGGGUUGACAGGAGCGUACGUCGACGCGAAAGAGGUAGUAUCAGAGGCUAAGAGAGGCGACGCAAGACAAGUGCGGGUGAUCAAGGUUGUGUAUUUGAUGCAGGCUUUGAUAGUGGUAGUUUCUACUUUGCUUUGA